CUGCUCGCUCGCCCACAACCAGCUGCUGCACUCACACCUCACACUACCUCGUACUCUCUCUCUCCGAGUGCGUCCAUCCUUGUUUGUCCGACACUCCCACAAUCAGCACCCUCCCGUCUGCAACACUGCAGCCGACUCGGAAACCUUCCUGGUCCCUCGCGUACGGCAGAGGACGCGCCAGCACCCGACAAGCUUUCCGUCAGCGCACCGACGUGCAUCGCAGCUCUCAUCAGCUCAUCAGCGACGGGUUCACGUGCAGCCAUCGCUCCGUCCAUCACAGUACCCGAGGUACCUGCAAGUUCUUCGCGCUAAGACACAGUCGCAAUGGCCGACGACAACUACCGCUCCUCGCGCGCGAGAGAUUCCCCUCGCCGCUCUCGUUCACCUCCUCGCCAUCACGACGAGCACCGCGGACGCAGCCGCAGCCCUUCUCGUGACCGCAACCGCGACUCAGAUCGCCACAACACUCGCCACCGAUCUCCAGCGCCCGCCAACGGCCAUUCUUCUUACGACCGACCACCACGAAGCGACCACGAGCGCUACCAAGCCAAAGAGACCAUGAUGAAGCACGUGGCCGACUCUUCCCAGCAGGACCGCCGUGUCUACGUUGGCAACCUCUCCUACGAUGUCAAGUGGCAUCAUCUCAAGGACCACAUGCGCCAGGACGGUCAAUUGGACGUCCUUUUCGCGGAUGUUCUCCUGCUGCCGAACGGAAUGAGCAAGGGAUGUGGCAUUGUGGAGUACGCUACUAGGGAUCAGGCCCAGACUGCUAUCAACACCUUGAGCAAUUCGCCGCUCAUGGGUCGUUUGAUCUACGUGCGCGAGGAUCGUGAGACUGAGCCUCGCUUUCCCGGCGCUCAGCCAGCUCGCGGCGGAUUUGGAGGCGGCUUUGCUCCUCGCGGCGGAUACGGUGGUGGCAUGGGAAUGCAGGGUGGCGGUAUGGGUGGCGGUAUGGGUGGCGGUAUGGGUGGCGGUGGCCGCUCGGUCUUCGUCAACAACAUUCCGUACACCGUCGGAUGGCAGGAUCUCAAGGACCUCUUCCGUCAGGGUGGCAACGUCGUCCGCGCUGAUGUCCACAUGGCCCCAGAUGGCUCCGCCAAGGGCUCCGGUGUAGUCACCUUCGACACUCCUGACGAUGCUCAAAACGCUAUCCAGCACUUCAACGGAUACGACUGGCAGGGACGCAUGCUCGAAGUUCGCGAAGACCGCUACGCCAACUCUGGUCCAGGCUUCGGUGGACGUGGUGGAUUCGGUGGACGCGGAGGCUUCGGUGGACCUCGCGGCGGAUUUGGUGGACCAGGAUUCGGUGGACGUGGAGGCUUCGGCGGUGGCUAUGGUGGCGGACCAGGCUACGGUGGUGGAGGCGGAUUCCAGGGAGGACGCGGAGGAUACGGUGGUGGAUAUGGUGGUCACCAAGGUGGCGGUGGCGGUGGAUUCGGUGGACCUCCAGGUGCUCCGGCUGCGCAUGCCAACGUUGCUCCCAACCCAUUCACGGACAACGUGUCUAGUGGAGGCCAGCCCAACGCCAUCAUCCACGUCAAGAACCUGCCCUGGAGCACCAGCAACGACGAUCUCGUCGAGCUCUUCCAAACUAUCGGCACCGUCGACCGUGCGGAAAUCCAGUACGAAGCCAACGGCCGCUCUCGCGGAGCUGGUGUCGUUCAAUUCGGCAGCCAAGGCGACGCCGCUACCGCGAUCGAGAAGUUCCAGGGCUACUCGUACGGUGGCCGUCCGCUCGGCCUCGACUACGCUCGCUACCCCGAUGCCGGUGCGAUGGAGGGCCAGGAAUCGACUGGCAACAUUCAGGAGGAGAUGAUGUAGAGUAUGCAUCUCGACCCGACACGAUCGCCGGCGCGCACACUUCUACACUCGAACUUCGGCAGAACAUGCGGAGCGGGCGUGCUCUGAUGCUUGUAACAUACGGCGGUCAAUGGAAGUGGAAGAUGGGGCAGCUGCUCUCAUCUGCGGAGAAAAUUGCUUGCUUGAUAAGACUGGUUUCCCUACUCGACGGUCGUUGAGACUUUUCGGGAAUCAGUAGCAGAUUUGAGCGAGGCGACAUCACACGGGAGAAAAGACUGGCUGGAUGGGUUUGGUAUACCAGGCUGCAGACCUGUACAUGUAUGGGUAGCUAAUAGGUAGCGAAUGUCAAGGAGCUAGCGCUUUCAUCAUCCA